CAAUGAGUUCAACACAACAGGACCAACAUGGAGCAAGAAGUCAGCGCUCUCAGGAGGCUGACAAACCUCACAGAAGGAAGGGAGGAAAAAAAUACACCUGUGAUCAGUGUGGGAAGGAUUUUACCUCGAAGAGUAACCUAAAUACGCACGAACUCAUCCACACUGGAGAAAAGCCAUUCAGAUGUGAAUUGUGUGGAAAGUCUUUUACCCUGACUGGAAAUUUAAAAACACACCAACUCAUCCACAGUGGAGAGAAGCCGUACAGCUGUGAUCAGUGUGGCAGAGCUUUUAAUCACAGUAGCAGCUUAAAGAAGCAUCAAGUCACCCACUCUGGAAUUAAGGCAUACAGCUGUGACUAUUGUGGAAAAACUUUCAGUCACAUAGGGAGCAGAAAUAGACACCUACGCAUUCACACUGGACAUGAUGUGUACUGCUGUGAUCAGUGUGGCAAAAAGUUUGGAUCAGACUCACACUUACAACGCCACAUGUUUACCCACACUGAGGAGAGACCUCAUAAAUGUGACCUGUGUGAUAAGAGUUUUAAAACUCCACGGCACCUGAGAGCACACCAACAGACCCACAGCAGAAAGAGACUCUACAAGUGCAGUUACUGUGAGAAGCAGAGCCACACAGAUGGAUCCAGUUCUCAACCCUGUCAUCGCUGUGGUGGUGGGAAAGCGUUUCUCUGUGACCUUUGUGGGAAAACUUUCAAUCAGCAAGAGAGCCUAAAAGACAUCAGCUUGGCCUCACUGUGUUUCCAGUCACCCGAUGCCCUCAUCCAUCAGCACGCCUGUUUCCUGCUCCUCCUGAAAGCAAACAGUGUGCCUGUCAGAGCUGAGCUGGGAUCAGUGUGUCACACUGGCAGCUACAACGAGGUUUCAUGUUAA